AUGAAAGUUUGGAGUGGCCUUUCAGACAAACGUUUUGACACUCUACGAUGCCUCCGAGGAAAAGCUGCAGGACAGAGAAGGUUCCCAAAAUUUUUCCACACGACACGUGUGGCAAAUGGCAUUUGGAAGCUCAUGUCCUUCUCUGAACAAGAUCAUCUUGAGGCUGCACUGGCCUUCCCCACUGGAAUCAAGCCUCUUUCUCCACCUGAGGUGGAUGUCAAAAUGGAAAUAAACUGCAAACCUGUUGGAAGCAAUGAAGGAGCCUUGGGGAGAGAGAAGCAAGAGGCCUGCACAGAGCCAGCCACCCACAUCCUGCUCCAGAACCUCCUUCCCCUGAAAGCAGGCCGCAGGCACCCCGGCGGCAGUGGGGACGCGGGUGGCCGCAACAUGUCUUCUCUACGCCACCUGAGUCCGGGCCCGCGCACAGUCACAAACUUCCGGACCCCUGGGCGGCCUGGGUGGCCGGGCGCGUUCGCGGGGGGCAGGCAGGUCUCGCUGAGCAGACCAAGCUUUGCCCUUGGGCUGGCGCCGGGCGGCCCCCGCUGCCCAGGCCGGGCCCCGCCGGGUGGCCCAGGGCCUCCCUCGUCCCGGCCACUCUCCAGAGGGGACGGGACGUGGAAGGAGAAGACGGCGGGGCGGGGCCUGCCAGCCACAGUCCCCAGCCCCGGGACGUCACGGUCCCAGAUCUGCUUUAACUUUGGAAAUGGACUCCAUUUAGAGGCCUUAAACACAAGAAAUGAAAAUAAUCUGCUUCCUAAACACACUCACUUGGUGCGGCAAAAGCGCUCCUGGAUCACUGCCCCUGUGGCUCUUCGAGAGGGAGAGGACCUGUCCAAAAAGAAUCCAAUUGCCAAGAUACAUUCUGAUAUUGCAGAAGAACGAGGACUAAAAAUUACAUACAAAUAUACCGGAAAAGGAAUCACAGAGCCACCUUUUGGUGUGUUUGCCUUUAAUAAAGACACUGGAGAAUUGAACAUUACCAGCAUUCUUGAUCGAGAAGAAACACCAAGUUUUCUGCUCACUGGUUAUGCUUUGGAUGAAAAAGGAAACAACCUUGAGAAGCCAUUAGAACUGCGCAUUAAGGUUCUUGAUAUCAAUGACAAUGAACCAGUGUUCACGCAGGAUGUCUUUGUUGGGUCUAUUGAAGAGCUGAGUGCAGCAGAUACACUUGUGAUGAAAAUCAGCGCAACAGAUGCAGAUGAGCCCAAUACCCUGAAUUCUAAAAUUUCCUAUAGAAUUGUAUCUCAGGAGCCUGCUUACCCUCCAGUGUUCUACCUAAAUAAAGAUACAGGCGAGAUUUAUACGACCAGUUUUACCUUGGACAGAGAGGAACACAGCAUCUAUACUCUGACGGUAGAAGCAAGAGACAACAAUGGACAAAUAACAGAUAAGCCAGGAAGACAAGCUCAAGUUCAGAUUCAUGUUUUGGAUGUCAACGACAAUGUACCUGUAGUUGAAUCUGCAAUGAGUGAAGGACUGGAAGUGAAGGAAAAUCAAGCCAAUGUAGUAGUGACACGCAUUAAAGUGUUCGAUGCUGAUGAAAUAGGCUCUGAUAAUUGGUUAGCAAAUUUUACGAUCUUAUCAGGAAAUGAAAAGGGUUAUUUACGCAUAGAAACUGAUAAUCAAACUAAUGAAGGAAUCGUGACCCUUAUUAAGGAAUUAGAUUAUGAAGAAAUAAAGAGUCUCAAGUUCAGCAUUAUUGUCACUAACAAAGCAGCUUUCCACAAAUCCGUUAAGAUUCAACAGAAGCCUACACCCUUUCCCCUCAAAGUAAAGGUGAAAAACGUGAAAGAAGGCAUUCAUUUUAAACGUAACAAAAUCUCCGUUCAUGUUAGUGAGAGCACGGACAAAUUUAGCCAAAGCCAAAUAAUUGGCAAUUUUCAAGCUUUUGAUGAAGACACUGGACAAGUAGUCCCUGUGCGAUACGCCAAAUUGGAAGAUGCAGACAACUGGCUCUCUGUGGAUCCUAUCACAUCUGAAAUUAGAAUUGCAAAGCUCCCUGAUUUUGAAUCCAGACAUAUCCGAAAUGGUACAUACACUGCAAAGGUUUUGGCGAUAUCAGAUAGUUAUCCAAGAAAAACUAUCACUGGCACCGUUGUGAUCACAGUGGGCGACAUCAAUGACAAUUGCCCCACGCUGGUUGACCCAGUGCAGAGUAUCUGUGAGGACGUGCCGUACGUGAACGUGACCGCGGAGGACUUGGAUGGACACCAGAACAGUGAGCCUUUCAGUUUCUCCAUCAUCGACACACCAGCUGGGAUGGCAGAGAAAUGGCAAAUAGUGCGCCAAGAAAGCACCAGUGUGUUACUGCAACCAAAGGAGCAGAAGCUCGGGAGAAGCGAAAUUCAGUUCCUGAUUUCCGAUAGUCAGGGCUUCAGCUGCCCUGAAAAGCAGGUCCUGACGCUGACGGUGUGUCAGUGUCUGGACGGCAGUGGCUGCGUGGAGGGCCUGCAUGACCCCUACGUGGGCCUGGGCCCCGCAGCAAUCGCGCUGAUCAUUUUCGCCCUUCUGCUGUUGCUACUUGUACCACUUUUGCUGCUGAUGUGCCAGUGUGGAGAGGGCGCCAAAGGCUUCACCCCCAUUCCUGGCACUGUAGAGAUGCUGCAUCCUUGGAAUAACGAAGGGGCGCCACCUGAAGACAAGGUGGUGCCGUUGCUUCUGACAGCGGAUCACGGAGAGAGCGCGGCAGUAGGCAGUGGAGCGGGAGGAGGCGUGACCAAAGAGACCAUCGUGAAAGCCAACAGCUCUGCGUCCUUUGUCAAAGGGCAUCACGAGACGUGUGAGGUGGAUGGAAGGUGGGAAGAACACAGACACCUUCCUUCUGUUGGAGCUGCCCAAGUGACAGGGACAACUGGAGCCAACGCAGGUGUUGAAACUUUAAGGAGCACGCAAGUCACGGGGUCCUCCAGAGACAUGGUGGGAGCUCGGACAGCUGCUGUUUCAGUGAGCGAGGAGUUCUUAGGAAAUUAUUUCGCUGAGAAAGCUGCCUCCUACGCUGAGGACAAUGACAUUCACAUAGCCAAAGAUUGCCUUCUCAUUUAUUCUCAGGAAGACACUGCGUCUCUGCAUGGGUCCAUUGGCUGUUGCAGUUUUAUCGAAGAACUAGAUGAUCACUUUCUAGAUGACUUAGGGCUUAAAUUCAGGACCCUGGCUGAAGUUUGCUUGGGUCAAAAGAUAGACAUGGAUGUGGAAAUUGGGCAGAGGCAAAAACCUGUGGGAGAAUCAAGUAUGGAGGCAGCGUCACAUUCAUUCGAGAACGCUAGGGUUAACGCAGAGAAUGCCUACUCCUCUGCCAGCAGCUUUCGAGUUCCCAAAACUUCCCACGAAGCAAAUGCGGAGAAAGUAACUCAGGAAAUAGUCACUGAAAGCUCCGUAUCUUCUAGGCAGAGUCAGAAUGUAGCCACCCUGCUCCCUGAUCCGUUGGCUUCCGGUAAUGUUGUAGUGACAGAAACGUCCUAUGCCACGGGCUCCGCGAUGCCAGCAAGCACCGUGAUCCUGGGUCCCGGACAGUCACAGGCCCUCAUUGUGACCGAGCGGGUGUAUGCCCCAGCCCCUCCCUUGGUAGACCAGCACUAUGCUGACGACGGUAGUGUCAUGGUUACCGAGACAAUCAUACAGCCUAACGGGGGCAUCCCUGGUCCUCUAGAAGGCACUCAGCCUCUGCCGGAUGCACGUUAUGUGAUGGUGACGGAGAGAGAGAGCUUCCUAACCCCCAGUCCAGGCGUGCAGCCCACUCUGGCCAUGCCUGGCGCGGCAGCAGGACAGAAAGUGAUAGUGACAGAGAGAGUGCAAACAGCGACCCCCACCCUGCAGUCCAGUUACCCGAAUCCUGCCGCCACCUCUGUGACGGCCAGAAAGACCGAGGUUUCUGGAGCCAGAGGGCCCGGCCCUCUGCCAGAUUUCGGUUCUGAGGAGUCUGCUCUUUCGAAUUCUGCCAUAACCACAUCUUCCACCAGCGUCUCCAAGCACACCGUCACGCAGCGUUUUUACUCCUAGACCGCGGUCUGUCCCAGAGGUUAGCUGGCAGUGACUGGCUUCAUGCUUCCAGCGGGCCUCCGUUUGAUGAGCCUCCGGACGCGAAGACAGACACGCGGGACUUGAGACGUCUCUCCGUCACCGACACACAGCCGACCUCGCCGUCCCAGCCUCUGAGUGAGCCUUUCACCAACGCUCCGGGGCCCGCUGGGGGCAUAACGAUGAGGCGAUGUCAUAAGUGCCUUUUAGUGAGUUACGGCCAGACGGUGUUCCCCGAGCAGGUUAAAUAGAGAGUCAGUUGGCUGGUAAGUUUGCCAAAUGGACACGGAGUGCCCGGUGCGCCAGCUCUCUGGGAGAGCCGUCCCGAACCUGGCGGGCCGUCUGGCAGUCUGCGCUGCCGGCCGACAUCGCUGAGCUGUGUUCCGUGCUGUACUGCACCUGGCACGUUACCCACACGGUUAUCCAAAAAUAUGCACGUGGCCUGGACAGCCGGUUUUGCUUGUUUUCUUUCAGACUAGGAGCCCGGCCUUCUAAUCUGUUAGGCUGACCGAGUUACAGAACGUUGGCCUGAUAAAGAACACACAUUGUAGAUUUCUGUGCAUGUGUAUGGUAGGACUUUAUAAAUAGCAUGGUAGCUUCCCUGUGCCUCCCAAAAAUCAUGAAAAUGAUGAACACUUCAAAUUCACUUGAAUAAUCCCAGGAAAAAUUCAUAAAUAUAAAACCGCUUUACUUUUUAUAAUAAUAAUGUACUAUUUUUUUUUUAACUUAGGAUACAUUAUCUUCUAAUUUUGUACAGAUAAAUUAGCCACUAGACUGGAUUCUCCACUGUGAGCACCUGCCUGUGUGAUUGAUAUUUAUCCUCAGUGCCUAAUAACACGAGUGCCAAAUAACUAUUUGUGGAAUUAUACCAAGUUUUAGAAACCAUUCUCUUUUAUAUACAGUUGUAAAAAAAAAAAUACUGAGAAACCAUAUGGUAUCAGUAAUUAUGAGUUUGAAAUUAUGAUUUUAUUCUAUGUGUCAAAGUCACUGAUUGGCCAGUCAUGACUUACUACAUGAAUAUUAAAUACUCAGUUGAACAAAACCUAAAUUUGUACAAUAUCCUGCCCUUCACUGUGAAAAGUUAUUUGGGUAUUUUGGCCUCUAAGCAGAUUGUGUUUUCAUUGCUCCUUGAAGAAAUAGAGCAUUUAAAGUUUCAACAUAUGUAUAUGCCUAUCAGCAGCCAUUUAUGUAAAUAUUUCCCACAACAAAAAAUUUUCAUAAUUUUAAAGACUGUAAUUUUGUGAUUUUUCAAGACAUUUUGCUAGGGAAAUGAAUCUUUAAAGAUUAUUUUUUUAGGAAGUAUUUUUGACUUGAAUUAUGUUAUACAAAAGAUUGGUAUGUUUUGCUCCUACUGACUAUAUAUGUAUAAAAGUCACAUAUUUUUAAAUAUCAUAAGUCUGUGGCUAAGAUGAAGGUUGAUCUCCCAUGACCUAAAUUUUUUACUCUCUACUUAGUAAUUGAUUGUUUUUUUCUUUGUAGACUUAGUAGUUUUGCCACGUACACAAUAGGAACAUCACACUACUGUGUGAAAUAUGACCUGUGUGCUUCAGACAAACCAAAGUCGGUCUUAACCAUCCUCCUUGGACAGACCCGGAAACCCUAACCUGUCUCUUGUAUGUAGCAUAAUCACAUUUUCCAAAUGGUUUUUUGUCCUGAAACGAUGAUUUGUAUGAGGUCUUACAUUUGUUCCUCAGGAGAUUAUAUUUGUAGGUGUUUCAUCAUAAAAUAUUUAAAUAAAAAGAUGACCUUUAGAGCAA